GUGAGCGGCGCGCGGUGUCCUGGUGCUAGUGCCAGGGCCCGCCAAAGCAAGGCAGGCAGGCAGGGUUGGUGGGUGGGCCUGAGCAACCCAUACAUUUGCGCAGAGGGGCCACGCUAGCGGCCUCUAGGCUUGCCAGGGGCAACAAUCAUUGGCUGCUUCAUUCUUAUUGCUCCCUCGACAUAGGCUGCACCUAAUUUCCCCUUUGUUCCCUCGGGACGGUGCUGCGUUGCAUCGAAGCUCGCAAUUUCAAGCGUUGCAUGGCAGGAUUAAUGGAAAGGCUUAAUGAGCGACGGUAAUCAAGGACCAUCUUGGAUUUGGCUUUUCCAUGUGGAAAUCGCCCCAACGACGCUGAAGCUUUCUGUGCACAGGCGCGCAUGGACAUUGUCUCGAAGCCAUCUCCCUGGCAGCGCACCCCAGCGCUACAGAAUCUCAUCCAGUUAAGCGCUGGCCAUUGAAUAGCGGUGAUGCAUUCAUGUUAAUUUCGGCAGUGCGAGUGAGGAAGACAAGGUUCAUCGCCUGAGCUAUUCGCUUGAUCGCAAUCCAAAAGUCGUCGAUGUAUGGGCGAAUUAGCGACCGCUUGUCGCUGGAACAAAUUGCCAAUGUAUCGGCUCAUGAUGCUAUUUUAGACUUCUUCAUCCUCCGUGCGAGACCUUUUCAAGCAUGCGCCUGACACAAAGGUUAACACAGAGGUGUCAAGCCGCUGGAAUGCUGUUCUUCAUAAAUCCCCGCAACCCUUGGCCAUGGCAAUAGUCCUGGUCAGUGUUUCUGCUGAUAGCAGCACUGUUAUUAUGUUGGAUUCUUUGCUGUCGAACCAUUCCCCGGCUACCACAGGUAUCUGGAACAUUAGCCUCCGCUUGUUUCCGCCCAUCUCAGUUUCCAUCUCUUAGCUUUCUCGUCAGCAUUUUGCCUUUUUUUCCCUGUAUUUUUGUCAACCAAACACGCGGGCAGAAUGCUCCAGUCCCAUGCUCGCGCUAUCGCAGGAAGUAAAAUUAGAAGCGGAGUCCUCAUCGUGGUGGCUUGCCCACCCACAGAAAAACCCAGCUAAAAUACCCACCAACUCUUACCCUUUCCAGGCUGGUGCCGGUUCUAAGCUCUCACGCUUGUGGCAGUCAAAGCGGAGCAGUUAGCGAGCUAUCAUGACCUCAUCGCUUCGUUUCGCGAACGACAGAGAGGCUGGUAAAUUCUGCGACGCAAUGCACCUGAUACACUCCGACAUUUGCCUGUAGCGUGGAACGUGGAGACGAACCCCCUCGAUCUGCUUGUCGUAUCAUCGAAUCUUACUAGCCUAAGGCGUACAAUGGAGUAUCGGUAGUGUUUCAAAACGCGAACCUAUAAGCUGGUGUGUCGUAGCAACCAACGUAUUAUCUUGCUUGUUCCUCUUGUAUGAUGUCUUAAGGUCGUCUCAUCAUGAAAACGUCUGUACCGUAAUUAAAUGGGAAUAGGUAUGCCGUAGUUGACAGGCCACAGAACAACAAAAAUGUCCAAAAGAGUAACCAGGACUUCAUACAGGGAGAAUAAAAUUUGGUAUGGAACAAACGAGAACACACAAAAGUGUUUCUAACGUAAAUAGAUAACCAACUGACCAUUGAUACCGCUGUUGUUGAACCUGGUCAGAGUAUAGGCAGAAUUGUGCAGAGAGGCGCUGCUGCCGGCACAGCGCCAAGACCGUCCAAAAUUCCGUCGACAAAAGACGCUCGUCUCCCAUCCAACAUCCCUCUGCGAAGUUUCGGCCCGGCGCAGAGAUCUAACAACACAGAUCACUCACGAUUGUCGACAACUCAUACCCACCUAUCUGGCGACACAACCAAUCGGCCCUCCUUUAGUUCGGAGUCGUCGUGGACUGAUACUGGCGAUAUCGGCGACCAACUAGAUGACCACGACCCAGUCCGUCUCCAACUGCCCGACGACGUCGAAGAAGAGUUGUUAACUGGAGUCAACGGUCAGCAGCGACGUCCUAAAAAAGUUCGACUACGGGAGCCUCUACCCCAGCACCGAGACCGCUCGCUAUCUCGUACUGGCACUUUGGAUAAGACUGCCAUCCAGAUCCCCGCAGUUCGACCUCGUCCGCCGUCUCGAGCUCAACGUUGUGUAGGAGGCAUCAUGGCGGGCUCAUCUGGUGCCACCCAUGGCCUUACUGGCCAGGCUUUGAUCUACUUCACCAGCGUAUUCGUAUCGCUCGGUGUAUUUCUCUUUGGAUAUGACCAAGGUGUCAUGUCCGGCAUUCUCACUGGAGAGUACUUCAUUGAGUAUUUCGACCACCCAAGCAAAGCUCAAGUGGGAACCAUGGUUGCUAUCCUUGAAAUUGGAGCUUUCAUUUCGUCACUGGUUGUCGGCCGCGUCGGCGAUAUUAUCGGACGCCGUCGUACCAUCCUGUAUGGGUCUUGCAUUUUCUUCGUUGGUGGCGCCUUGCAAACUGGCGCUACAUCCAUGUCCAUGAUGAUGCUUGGCCGUAUUAUUGCUGGGUUGGGAGUGGGUAUGCUCUCAACUAUCGUCCCUGUCUACCAAUCGGAAAUCUCGCCCCCACACAACAGGGGAAAGCUCGCUUGCAUUGAAUUCUCAGGCAACAUUAUUGGUUAUACUACCUCUGUAUGGGUAGAUUACGGCUGCGGCUUCAUCAAAAGUGACCUUUCAUGGCGGGUGCCUCUGCUUAUGCAAUGUGUCAUGGGCGCGUUGCUUGGACUCGGUAGUCUGAUAAUUGUUGAAUCACCCAGAUGGCUACUCGACAACGAUCACGAUGAAGAGGGUAUGGUUGUCAUUGCUAAUCUUUACGGUGGCGGUGAUAUCCACGACCCAGUUGCACGCGAGGAAUACAAGGACAUCAAAAUGGAUGUGUUGCUCCAGCGCCAGGAAGGCGAGCGUUCAUACGCUGAAAUGUUUCGACGAUACCGUUCCCGCGUCCUCAUCGCCAUGUCUGCACAAGCGCUUGCCCAACUUAAUGGCAUUAAUGUCAUUUCAUACUAUGCACCGUAUGUGUUUGAGGCUGCUGGCUGGCACGGGCAUGACGCUGUUCUCAUGACUGGUCUCAAUGGAAUAACCUAUUUCCUUUCGACUAUUCCCCCAUGGUACCUGGUUGAUAAAUGGGGAAGACGCCCCAUUUUGCUUUCAGGUGCUGUUGCCAUGGCUGUGUCACUAUCCCUGAUUUCCUAUUUCAUGUAUCUGGAUAUCGCAUGGACUCCAAACCUCGUUGUUUUGUUCGUCAUGAUUUACAACGCCGCCUUUGGGUAUUCGUGGGGCCCUAUCCCAUGGCUCUACCCGCCUGAGAUCCUGCCUUUGAGCAUCCGUUCAAAGGGUGCAAGUCUUUCGACUGCCACCAACUGGGCAUUUAACUGGCUAGUAGGUGAGAUGACGCCAAUUCUACAAGAAUGGAUUCAGUGGCGACUCUACUUGCUCCAUGCGUUCUCAUGCGUCGCCAGUUUCGUCAUUGUCUAUUUCUUGUACCCCGAGACAUGUGGUGUCCGACUCGAGGACAUGGAUGCUAUUUUCGGCGACGCCAGUACUGUUAUGGGCACACCUUCAGUUCGUGAUGAAGCAGGUUCCUUGAUGCGCGGCGGUUCGCCUGUGGGAUCUGCUCGUGCUGACGCGGGUGAUGGCCCUGGCCUGUCCUUUGGUACUGCACUUGGAAAUGAUUUUACUAAGCCUAGUCGCCAAGCCAACAGUAGAGGAGAUGGAACUAUCAGCGGAUGGUUAUCGCGCGUAACAGGGCGUAGCCGGUCUGAUAGUAACAACAGUGGACAAGGACGAUACGCACCCCUCGACCAACAAGAAGAAGGAAAUCGCCGUGAUGGUUAA